GGACUCACACUACUAUCAUCUCAGAAUCCUUGUAUACUCUUUUAGCCAGUCGAUCUCGGCAUUUCACUUCCUUGUCUUCAUCUUUCACCACGGCAAGAAACAUCAAACAAAAUGCAACUCUCUGUCUCCGCCAUUCUCACUGUUCUCGCUGCCACUGCGGCUGCUCUCCCCACCGAGAAGGUUCUGCAGAAGAGAGAUACUAUCUCGGCCACCCCUCAUGUUGAGUACUCUAGCUCCGUUGGAGUCCUUGGAUGCAAGAUCGACACCAACCGUGUGGCCUACUGGCCCAUGAGCGUCGGCUGUGACAACAUGUGUGUCAAGGUCAGCCACCAAGGCCGCUCCCUUCACCUUCUGCGCGUCGACCAGUCCGGAGGUGCCUAUGACAUGAGUUAUGAUGCCUGGAACACCCUCGUCACCGGCAAGAACGCUACUGUUGACCCCACCAUGGGCGGCGGUGUCGAGAUGGAGUACGAGAGCGUUGGCAUGGACGAGUGCGCUCACCUUCUCAAGAACUCUGACGGCAAGCUCGCGUUCUCGGCCGCCAAUAGCAUGAACUUCAUUGCUUCCUGCAUCAGCGAGCCCAAAAGCUGGGUUGCUAAGAACUACGGUCUCUGGAACAUCUACAACUCCAUCUGCACUAACGGUGUUGAUGAGCAGUGCUCUCUUGACUUGAGCGUUAGCAACCAACCUUCUUGCGGCAGCAGCAUUCUUGGUAUCAACACCCCUCUGAGCGGACAGAACGUCACAAACAUUGCCUACGGUAGUGGCAAACUCGUUGCCGCUGUAUAGGUGAUCCGCAGUCUUGUGAAGCCCGAAGAUUCAUGACUCCUGGUUCUUGACAACCAUUUUCGCUUCAAGUCAUUCAUUUACACCCAUUUCUUCCCAUUCGACUGUCUUGAAGACAGCAGCAACUUUCUUUCCUUUUCUUAUCAUUUACGUCCACCAGAAGCGCCUGCAUGCAGGCUGCGCAGCAUGGGUUGGACUUUCUAGACACGAUUUUGAGACGCUUUUACGAGUUAACAAAAGAAACGGAGAGUUAUGUACGAAGAAGAAUCAGAAG